AUGGCUCAAGAUCUGCUUUAUCGGGGAGGUUUUUGGAUGGAGGGUCGUGUUGACAACUACAACGACAUGGAGGAAAUUAGGAGGAUGCUACGGCAACUUACGGAACGCGUCGCUCGCAUCGAAGCUCGAACCCAAAUAGGUAAGAGUUAUGACGGGGAGAGAUGCAUGAACCCUUAUCUGAACCGAGUAGCUCGCAUCGACACUCUAAGCCGUGGGAGUCUCGACGGGGAGUACGAGGGGGAUAGCCCUUUUCAUUAUUGCGCUUCGCUGUGUGAGUCAAGUGUAGAGGGGCACGGUUAUUCUCAUUGUGUCUUUGAAGCUAUUUUGAUCUUACUCCCAUUGAAGGAACAAAAUCAAGGUGACGCCCCUACUGAAGGCAACAAUGUGGGAACAGAAUGUCCUCGCGAAAACCAAUCAGCAUUCGAUACAUAUAUGCAUAUAGAGAAAUUCCCUGAGGGUGUUAGGAAAUAUAUCACUCACCAGACUGAAGUUCUUCCGGAUGGUAACUGUGGAUAUAGAGCCAUAGCUAUGGCAAUGAGAUUUGGUCAUAAUGAAUGGCGUAGGGUACGCAAGGAUUUGUUGCAACAACUACAUGAUAUGUCUUUUGUUUUUAAGAAGUGUAUUCGGGAACAUAAACGAUACAACGAGAUUGAGCGAGCGCUAAAUUAUUUUGAUGAUGGAUUUGCACCAUUCUUUUGUUGGAUGACCAUGCCUGAUAUGGGACAUAUUAUUGCCACACGUUAUAAUGUGGUUUUAAUCCUUCUAAGCAUGCGUCAAUGCCUUACAUUUCUUCCUUUCUCAGUUCAAUCAAGCGAAACCAAGCUAAAUGAGAUUGCCAUUGGUUUUGUUGACGAUGAUCACUAUGUCCAGGUUCAUUUGUCUCCAGAUCAUCCUAUUCCACCAGUUUCUAGAAUGUGGCAUGAACAAAGUGACAUAUGCAAUGUAACACAUUUGUACUCGAGGUACCAAGCACGUGUGGAUGCUUUUCAACAACUUCCGGGAGUGGAGAAUGUAGCUACUACAGAUACCGUCAUCCUAAUGACUGAUGAAAAUGCACCUGUUACAUAA